GGAUGUCAAGGUUUGACUGUGUGGCACUGUAACCUACCUAAUAAUCCACUGAGGCGGCUCAGCGUCUCUUUCGCCCAAAUUCCAAACGAUCCGAGAAUCUACCACUUAACAGGUACCUACCUAGCAUUAACUCAAUUCCACCGCUUCCACUUGCGCAGCCACUACCGAGAUCCCAUACAUAUUCCACUACACCUCCUCCUCUUUUCCUUUCGUUUCCCUUCCUACAACAACCUCUCACCAGAAAACUCAAUACACCGAGAACCCUUCACUUGGAAGAGAAAAAUAUAUUUUAUCAGCGACUAUCUCGCUAACCUUCGACAUUCGCGAAUCGAACUAUCUAUUCUACAUUCAAACCAACCUAGCGUUUGGAGAUUAUCACAAGAAUAUGUCCGGGUCUCAAUCACCGACUUCUACCCCCUCCUCGCCGGCGCGGCCCCUCAUGGAGCGGCGUGGGUCAUCUAGAUCGCUAUCCCUAGAUCUCUCCAGUCUGCCGCCAUUAACGCAGCCAACGCCACCCACAAACACUCUACUUAUCACCAACUUAAACGACACCGAAAUAUUCCGCCCUGACAACCUACAAACGCUUCGUGAGCUCAUUCAAGGAACCGCACCGAUAUAUACGUGGUCGCCAUUAAAAUCAUUCCGCCGUAUAAUAGUAUCUUUCUUCGACGAGCAAGCUGCUAUCAGGGUACGGUCAGUAUGGGACGGUGAAGCAAUCAUGGGCGAGCGGUGCCGAGUGUACUUCGGACAACCUACUCCUCUUGAUCUCCACAAGGACGAUCGGCUGCAGCUUCCCGAUGCCGGCAAAUUGUUUUUUAUCAGCCCGCCUCCCUCACCGCCUCAUGGCUGGGAGAUGAAGCUGGAGGAUGCACCGAACAAGCAAGUUCACGCCGACGACUUAGCGGAGGCCUUAGCGAAAUUACGUCACCAAGCAGCUCCCGCAGACGUUUCCCCGAUCUCUCCGGUUGAGUCUGGGCCUACCACAUUUAAGAGCAGGAGCAGGAGUAGCACCUUAAUCUACCACCCCGAUGAGCAUGGUGGCAGUCCGAAUCUACCAGCUAUUUCGGUAGAUGAUAUGACAGAUGAACCUAUAGAGUUGGGACUUGGUCUGGGUGGAAAUACGCCUCCGAUAAAGACGCAUACGGCCCGGCCGCCUGUUGAGCUUAUGGGAUAGGAAAUAUGUUGCAUACGACUUAUAGUUGAAUAGGGAUCGAAAACGAGUAUAUUUCCCUCGCAGUUCUGAUAGUAUGGCGUUACGGAAGGGCAGGUAGUCAUUGGGUCUUGAGUCUAGAGUCUUGGUCGAUAUCCAUAUUCACCGCAGCAUAACAUCGCCUACGAAAGGGCAUACAUAGCAUUGGGAUGUCGAGCAAUGGGCACGUUGAUGGGACAGAUUAUAUUAGCUGUCUAUAGAUGGUAGAUAUUAAGGGUGAAAAAUGCAGAUGGGUUGAAAGCGCAUUCAUACUAUACGAUAUUCAUUAGAGCUUAUAAGCUAGCCUAGUACCAAUAUUAAGUGUACAUACGUGUUUAUCAAUGUCAGAAAC